CUUUACAUAUGGUAUUUGGGCUUUCAUUGGCCCAUGGGCCCAAGGAUGAGUUAGUGGGCUUCUGGCGCCAAUAUUUAUAAAAGUUCGGUAAUGGAAAGUCAAAGUGAGAACUGUACAGUGAAGCUCUAAACUCAGAGAUCUUCAAUGGCGACCAAUCAUAAAGUUCGAGUUCUGGUUUGGUUGAGAAGAUGGUCAAAGAGGGAUUGGGCAAUUGCAAUUUCCGUUUUCGCAGUCAUCAUCUUCGCUCUCACUCUCACUCUCUCCUUGAACUCUUUCUCCGACGAUUCCUAUUCUCCGUCUCCGGUCGAUUCCACCGCCGACGAUAUCGUUGACUUGACCCUCUUGCGCAAAGCCAAGUCUAGAGGCGCCCUUUGUUUAGAUGGGAGUGUGCCUGGUUAUCAUUUCCGAAAGGGUUUUGGAUCUGGGUCUGAAAAAUGGCUUCUUCACGUCGAGGGUGGAGGUUGGUGCGAUACUACAGAAUCGUGUUCUUUCCGUGCGGGGACCCCAUUGGGCUCUUCCAACUAUAUGGAACGUCGAAUUUCCUUUUCUGGGAUUUUGAGCAGUGACCCAUUGCAGAAUCCUGAUUUUUUCAACUGGAAUAAGGUCAAGUUACGAUAUUGUGAUGGUGCAUCCUUUGCUGGCCACCCCGAGACUGAGCUGAAAACUGGGAAUAAUCUUUUCUUUAGAGGCCAACUUAUAUGGGAAGCACUUAUGGAUGAACUGUUAUCAGUUGGCAUGUCUAGAGCAAAACAGGCUCUUCUUUCAGGAUGUUCUGCUGGUGGGCUGGCUACUCUUAUACAUUGUGACGAUUUUCGCCAACUUUUUCCAAAAGAUGUAGCAGUGAAGUGUCUUGCUGAUGCAGGUUUUUUCCUUGAUGAGAAGGAUGUUCUUGGAAACUAUACCAUGAGAUCUUUUUAUCAUAAUGUCUUCACCCUUCAGAGUUUAGCAAAAAGCUUGCCGAAGGAAUGUGUCGAAAAGAUGGAGGAACCAUCAGAAUGCCUCUUUCCACACGAAAUUAUCAAGAACAUAAAAACACCAGUGUUCCUUGUCAGCCCAGCUUAUGACUGGUGGCAGAUACAAAAUGUCUUGAUACCAGGUACAUCAGAUCCCCAUGGCUACUGGAAGAAAUGCAGACGAAGCAUUCUUAAGUGUGAUCCUAGCCAGAUUGAAAUACUAGACGGUUUCAGAAAGUCAUUUUUGAGGACCCUGAGUGAUUUCCAGAAAAAAACGGAUGGGGGAAUGUUUAUAAAUUCCUGUUUUGCUCAUUGCCAGACAUGGUUGACUGAGACAUGGCAUUCAUUUAAUUCUCCUAGAUUAAACAAUAAGACCAUUGCGGAAUCUGUUGGUGAUUGGUACUUCAACAAAAGAGUGGUGAAACAAGUUGAUUGUCCAUAUCCAUGUGAUCCCACCUGCAUUCAUGUGGACUUUUCAUGAGCCAAGACCUUACCUUAAUUAAUCUACAUGGGAUCUUGUCUUCCUCUUUUUUUUUAAAUGGAGAAAUGCUUCUUUGUGGUGUUGAAAUACUGUUUUAUUACCAUUCUUUACUUUGUCAAUGUACAUUAUUGUCUACACCUUAUUUGACUCUACAAACAUUAGUUGGAAAUAAAAUAUAGGGUUACUCAUUUGGUAUCU